CGAUUUGGCCUGUUCGCCUGCCGCGUACGUUAGCGCCUUCUUAUCCCUCCCUGUUGCUGGCGCUGAUAAGUAUUUGUGAACUGCAGCAAACCAGAUUCUUCGAGUGCAGUGAUGGCUGUCCUCGCCGCUUUACCAUCUGACUUUGGAUAUGUCAUAUUUACUUACCUGUACAGCUGGAUUAUGAUGGCCUAUUUGGCUGUCAAAGUUGGGGCGGCACGGAAGAAGUACGGCGUUAAGUAUCCCGCGAUGUACAGCGACAAAGACCAAGUUUUUAACUGCAUCCAGAGAGCCCACCAGAACACCUUGGAAGUGUACCCUCAGUGGCUUGUUUUCCAAACGAUCGCUGCACUCGUCUAUCCGUUAACUGCAUCUGUCCUGGGUGCCAUUUGGGUAACCAGCAGGUUUUCCUACGCCUGGGGAUACUACACAGGAGAUCCUGAAAAGAGGAUGAAGGGAGCCUAUGGCUACAUUGGAUAUCUUGGAGUCAUCGUUCUGUCCAUAUACAUCGCCCUGCAGCAGCUGGGAAUUUUGUAGGAUGACCAUCAAUCCACUUUUGUAUCUGGCUCAAACGUUUACCCAGAUUAUGCCUACUAACAUGGAGUUUUCAGUUCCUCAAAUCAAUCUUCAAUAUUUUCAAAGUUAAUAUUUCUGUCUCCUUUUAUAAGAUUGCUUCCAUUAAAUUCUGUUAUCAUAUAUAAUACAAUUUUUCUUAAUGUAUUCUUCAUUUCUGCAUUUGCAGUCAUGACGUGACUUCAAAUACAUUGUCUGUUUAUUCACAUGAAAUUUUGACAAGAUUAGUGGUAGCAAAGUAUAUGAAUCAACUCAUUACUCGUUGAGAAUCUUCCAUUCAAUUCCCCCAUUCCAAGAAUGUUUUCUGUUUACUUUUUUUAAUUAAAGUUUUUUUUAGCCUA